AUGCCCUUCGGGAAGAACAUUCGAGACGAGCCGGCAAGUGCCAAUUCUUCCUCGAUUCCAUCAAAUACCUUGGAUUCGUUUUUGACGUCACUGGUCGCCAUCCAGAUCCUGAAAACUUUCGGGCCAUCCAACGGAUGCCUGCACCCAAGAAUGUACCGUAACUUCGUUCGUUCCUUGGCCUGAUCAGUUACUAUAGCGCCUUCCUACCAUCGCUGCAUGACGUACGGGCCCCGCUCAACCGUCUGUUGCAGAAGGAUGCUCCUUGGUGCUGGUCCCCCGACUGUGAAAAGGCCUUCGCCCAGCUAAAGUCGGUGCUGAGUUCAGAUCUGCUGCACACGCACUACGACCCGACGCUGCCGAUCGUUGUUGCUGCAGAUGCUUCCAACCACGGAGUUGGUGCCGUCAUCUCACAUACUUUUCCUGAUGUGUCUGAAAAGGCGAUCAUGCAUGUAUCUCGCACGCUAACCACCGCGGAGAAGAACUAUGGGCAAAUAGAGAAAGAAGCUCUGGCCCUCGUGUUUGCCGUCAAGAAAUUUCGCAAACUGUUGUACGGUCGCCACUUCACGUUGUUGACGGAUGAAAAACCAUUGCUGUCAAUCAUCGGUUCGAAGAAGGACAUUCCCGUCUACUCAGCCAGCCGACUUCAGCGAUGGGCAACCAUCCUUCUUGGUUACGACUCUGACAUUCGCUACUGUCGUACUACAGACUUUGGUCAGGCUGACGCCCUUUCUCGCCGCAUCAGCAAUCAGCAGGAACCGGAGGAAGAUACCGUGAUUGCCGCUAUUUCGAUUGACGACGAUGUGCACCGUCAGUUAUCAGAUGCCAUACGAAGUAUCCCUGCCACUGCCGCGGACAUCCGGCAUGCUACUGAACAGGAUCCUGUCCUCCGUCAGGCCAUCACCUACGUGUAG